AUGGUCAAGCUCAAGGGCUGGCUGAUGGGCUCGUUCUCGAUCUGGCUUGCGCUCAUCGUCUCUCUGUUCUCGGGUCUUCUCUCUGCUGGUCCUGUCCGCCGUGAUGACUUGCUGACGACACCCGCACCCCAUGGUUUCUCCUCUGUCGGUGUGCACUCUCUGUCUGUCACCCGGUCCAGUCAUAACGGUCCUCACCACGGUCCUCACGGCCAUUUCCCACCACACGCCACCUUUAGUCAUGCACCACACGCCGCCCCUACUCAUGAUGUCAAGCUUGAGGCUCCCGGCACACCCCAGCUCACCAAUCUGGAUGUGGAUCUGAACAACUACGCGAUCAACUGCAAUAAAAUCAGAAGGACGCUGACGACUGUGCUAAGAAGGGUUUCUCUUGCAGCAGCAAUGGUGUACUUUCGACCGCUCAUCGGCACCCUUGACUCCACCACAAUUGUUGAGAAGCGCGAAGCAGAACCCAGCCCUGAUCACGCAAUCCCGGCACCGGCGGAGAAGCGCGAAGCGCUCAUCCAUGAUUACGCCAUUGUCUGCUACGAGAAUAGGGCCACAACCUCUGCCUGCGGUAAGGCUCCCUGGCUCUACACAUGCAACGCCAAUGGCAAGGUUGUCAGAGCCAGAUAUUUCGAGCUCUGCGAGAUUACUUGCACAUGCGUCAACCUCUACCCUCGGCCGAAAUGCCCCAUCUCACACGAUGUGAGAGUGAAAUGUGACUUGGUGGACAACACUAUCUAUGACGACAACGGCACUGUCCUAGGCAGUUCAACCGACGCCGUCGUACAACCAAACGGCACAUACGAUCUGACCAAGCUGUUUGCUCACGAUUCGAACGUUGGCGACAAGUCUGAAACGGCGACAAUCCCGGCAUCAAGCACAGUAACCCACUCGCCUGUCCUUGCUGCAACCCCUACGAACAAAGCAGCGAAGGUGUCGAUCCCAGUUGUGACAAAAGUGUCGGCUGUCCCUACCACUACGCCACCAAACACUCUGAACUUCUCAACACCAACCCUCUUGCCACAUGAGAAUGCCGCACGGUCCGAACCUGAAGUCACCUUGCAGUCUCUGGCCACUGCCAGCAGAUUCGACGUGCAGUGCGCGGCUGACGGCAAAUUCAGCCAAUCCUUGACCGACCGCUGCAUGGCUGCGCAUUAUACUUGUCUCCGGAUUCCGAUCUACCCGCUGGCUAUGUUGCAUCAUACAGGCAUCCCGGACCCGGAGUGCUCUGCUCAGUGCAAAUGCCCGGACUCAUUCCCCAAGGGCAUCCUCGCAGACACUACAAAUACGGUCCAUCCGAAGCCCUUUCACCCGGCCAGAAGUGACACUGUCCAGUCUUCCGACAAGUACAAACUCAGCUGCGGCAACCGCAACGAUGGUCCUGAGUUAUGCGGUAGCGCCGACCUGGGCUACUUCUGCACCGCCAAUAUGACGGUGGCACGCAACACCACUGUGCCCGACAACGACGCUAACUGGUGUGACGCCUCGUGCAGCUGCAUUUUCGCCGAAGCAGUGCCUUGCAUCAAUAUGUGGGGUGUCCCACGCUGUCGCGAACUGAUUGACGGCACAGUCCGCGACGCCAACAAUCUGCUGAUCGUCCUGGCAUACACAGGCAGUGUGACUGUGCUGGCAAACGGUACGCUCGUGAUUGACAGAUACCAAGGUGGAUAUUUCCCGUUUGUCGCGGCCGAAAGCGGCUUUUUGCACGAUGGCAAUGGUACCAGCGUGGUAUUCCCUGCGUCAAGUUGGAACGGCACCGGAAGCGUCCAAGGCGAGUCGCGACCUUGA